GCGGCGGCGGCGGCGGCGGCGGCAGCAGCAAGAUGGCGGCCAAGUCGGACGGCGGCGGCGGCGGGGGCGCGGGGGUCGGCUUCGCCCAGCUGCACAACCUGGACGAGGCGGCGGCGGCCGCGGCGGGGGGCGGCGGCGGCGGCGGCGACGGGGCGGCCGAGCAGGGCGGCAGCAGCUCCCUGCACAUCUGCCACUGCUGCAACACCUCGUCGUGCUACUGGGGCUGCCGGAGCGCCUGCCUGCGGAGCCUGCUGGGGCGGGCGGGGGGCCGGGCCGGCGGCGGCGGCGGCGGGGGCACGGACCCGCUGGCCCCGGGCUCCUCCUCCGAGGGGCCGCCGCACUCCCCGGGGGGGCCCGGCGGCGGCGGCGGCGGCGGGGGCGAGCGGCCGUGGCUGGACUGCCUGUGGAUCGUGCUGGCGCUGCUGGUGCUGCUGGGGGACGUGGGCACGGACCUGUGGCUGGCGCUGCACCACUACGGGCGGCGGGACUACGUGUGGUGCGGCCUGACCCUGGCCUUCGUGCUGCUGCCCUCCGUGCUGGUGCAGAUCCUCAGCUUCCGCUGGUUCGUGCAGGACUACACGGGCGGCGGGCUGGGCGCCGUGCAGGGCCUCAGCAGCCGCGGGCCGCCCAUGAUGGGCGCCGUCGGGCGCCGGCCGGGGGCCGCCGGCACCCCCACGCCGGGGGCCCAGCGCCUCUGCAGGCUCUCGGUCUGGGUCUGGCAGGCCGUCAUCCACCUGCUGCAGAUGGGACAGGUCUGGAGGUAUAUCCGAACCAUGUACCUGGGGAUCCAGAGCCAGAGGCGGAAGGAACACCAACGGCGCUUCUACUGGGCUAUGAUGUAUGAGUAUGCAGACGUGAACAUGCUGCGCCUCCUGGAGACCUUCCUGGAGAGCGCGCCCCAACUGGUGCUACAGCUCUGCAUAAUGAUCCAAAAGAACCGUGCAGAAACAUUACCAUGUGUGUCCUCUGUGGCGUCCCUGAUGUCCCUGGCUUGGGUGCUAGCCUCCUAUCACAAGCUUCUUCGGGACUCUAGGGAUGACAAGAAGAGUAUGAGCUACAGAGGGGCCCUCAUACAUCUCUUCUGGCGCCUCUUCACCAUCUCAUCCAGAGUUAUCUCUUUUGCCCUCUUUGCUUCCAUCUUCCAGCUCUACUUUGGGAUCUUUGUAGUGGUCCACUGGUGUGCCAUGGCUUUCUGGAUCAUCCAUGGUGGGACUGACUUCUGCAUGUCUAAGUGGGAGGAGAUCCUCUUCAACAUGGUGGUAGGGAUUGUGUACAUUUUCUGCUGGUUUAAUGUCAAGGAAGGUCGGACUCGAUAUAGAAUGUUUGCAUAUUACACUGUAGUCUUGACAGAGAAUGCUGCCUUGACGCUCCUUUGGUAUUUUUACAGAGAUCCUACAACUACUGACUCAUAUGCCGUGCCAGCACUGUGUUGUGUCUUUCUUAGCUUUGCUGCUGGGAUAGCUUUGAUGCUCUUCUAUUAUGGUGUGCUGCAUCCCAUGGGGCCAAGAGCUAAGAUUUUUGCCAGCUCCUGUUGCGCCGAGCUGCUCUGGGGCAUUCCUUUGCCUCCUGAUGUUGAGCCCAUGGCACCCGAAACCCCUGGGUACCGGGGGGCUGAGGCUACGCCUACCAGAGCGGUCACGGAGCAACAGGAGGAACUCACAGCUGACACUUGCUUGCCAGUUUUCCAGGUGAGAGCAAUGGUGCCAUCUACUCCAUCUGGGCGAGCCUACUACCCAGAAGGCCCUCUCAUUAAGAUUGACAUCCCAAGAAAGAGAUACCCUGCAUGGGAUGCCCAUUUUGUAGACAGGCGGUUAAGAAGAACUAUCAACAUUCUCCAGUAUGUCACCCCCACAGCUGUAGGUAUUAGGUAUAGAGACGGACCUCUCUUGUAUGAGUUGCUACAAUAUGAGUCUUCACUUUAAAGCUCCUUUAAAAAAAAUAAAAGAGGGGAUCUUAUUUUUGUUUAUGGUAAACACAGAUCAUGAAACAAAACACACACCUUCAGAUAAGCUUUCUUUCUGGCUGCUGUAUGUAUAAAAAAAAAAAGAUAAUCUCUAUGUUUUGUAAGUAAAAACAAAAAGAAAAACUUUUCUUUUGUUUUUUACACACAAGAAACAGUAUUUCAACUUCCACACCUAUGAUCCACAGGUGGAGAAGAGGCGUCUCCACAUCAGAGUUUUAUACCUUACACCAAGUGUAGAACAUUAUAUAUGGGAUUGGUGCUGAUUGAAAAAUAAAAACAAACAAACAAACAAACCUACAACUGCCUUAUGCCCUUAGGUGCUGAGUUUCAUUAAGUACUGUCACCUUUCUCAUGCAAAACUCUUGGGUGAUUUUAUGCCAAGAAAAAUAAAAAAAAAACCUAAAUACAAAACUUAAAAAAAAAAAGAUGAUAAAAAAAAAAGAAACGAGAAAAGAACAACAACAAAGGGUAUUGCUGCUCUUAUGGUGAACAAGAAAAAUGUCUAACGAUGAGAAAGCAAAGUAGAAAAGCCCGAAAAGAGUUUGAAUCUCAAAUGGCUGAAAGAAGAUCAGGGCUGUAACACAAUUUGGCAAUAUGUUGAUAACAUAGCUUGGUCCCACCUAUGCGGGCCAGACCAAACCAUGUUAUAAAUGUAAUCCCCUGAGAAAAUUGUUUCCCUAGUGUAAGUGGGCCAUAUGUGAUGGUCAGCUGUACUCAGUUUGCACCAAAUUCACAUAGUAAUACCAUACCUGAUCUCACUCAUCACAGUUUUGUACAGUGUAACUCCAUUGAUUUCAGUGGACUUACUCCUAAUUCACACUGAUGUGAGUGAGCCCAUAAAAUGGCCUUCCAUCUUGAUUUUUGGAAAAUAACGAAUCUGCAUUCUUUAAAUUAUACACCAAAAAUAUAAUACUAAAGUAGAUUUACAUAUAUCUAAUAAAUUAUUUCAGUAAUAAUAAAACUCAGCAUAGUAGCAAAAAGAGAGUCAAUUUAAAGGCACAAUACUUGAUCGGUGACUGGCAAAAUAAUUUGACCUAUUAUAUCAUUUUAAGGCUGUGAAAAGGCAUACAUGUAUUAUUUGUAAUAUUAUGUAAGGCCUGUUAUGUCUCAUUCAGCGAGAGCCUUAAAGUGAUUGUAAAGCAUUCUUUGUUUUGUUUUUUUGUUUUUUUUUAAAGGAAAACAAAAAAGAAAAUUAGGAUAAAAUCUUCAAACAGUAAUAACCUGUAACUGGCGCUUUUCUAAAGAUGAUUUGGUGCUUUGUAUUUUUGUUGAUGUUGUUGUUGUGAUUUAGCUGAGAAUUGUUCAACUCACUUGGUGCAUUCGGGGAACCGCUGAUAAACGUUUUAUGUCACCUUCUGCUGUAAGUACAUGGCAAGAAAUAACACCACAGGAAAUCGAGAGCGUAGCAAGGUCAUCACCGUUUAGCUUAAGAGUUCUCACUGCAAGGAGACACUUCCACCUCCAUUGAUGGCAAAGCUUUAGAAGGAUAUCUGCUAGAGAUCUGAGACGUUUCCAGAUAAUCUUUUUGGUGCGUGAAGGUUUACAUUUCUUUAUUUCUGUGUUGAAGUUUCUUUGUUUCGAGUUAAAUCACAGGCGGUGUAUAUGUAAUACCAUUUUUGGUUUCAAGAGUAUUGCUCCUUUAAAAGAAUAUUCCUGUUCCAGGGCAUUUUUUCAAUCCCACCAUCCCUCUACUUGUGGGGGGAAACAACAACAACAACAAAAGAUAUUUUUAAGUGAAUACUGUAGAAUUUUCUCUGUGUGAUUGCAAUUUUUUAUUCCAGAAAUACUGUAACUGUCUAGGGUGCAAAAUUCCCAUGUUGAACUCUUCUGAAGAGAAAAUCAACAUGGGGAAAAGAUUUUUUAAUUAUGAUUAUGAUUUUUUAUUUGAUGAAUCCUUUUUUUUAAUUACAGUAGGUAUUUAAAGAAACUAGUACAAAUUUUAUAUAAUAGUUUAAAAAAGCUGAAUGCUUUCUUCGCCUGAAUAUACCUGAAUGGAAACAUUUUUUUCAAUCAGUAAUGCUUUGCAGUGUUCUGAGUGGAUUUUUUUUUAAAUACCAUUCAAAUAUUUCACAGGCCCUUCUAAGGAGGGCAGGGCUUAUUCACGCCAAACUACAGACACACGGCAAAGUUUAUAAAAAGCCAAAUUGUCACUGGUACUGUAAUUCCCAGUCAGUGAAGCUCCAUUUCAAUUAAAUGUUUCUGGGCUCUGAUUACAACCUGUCUGAUAGUCACAUUUUCACACGAAGGGUGGGCUUCGUAUUGUCUGUGCCCCACCCUAAUUAACGGUCAGUUAUUUUGUCUGGCGAGAUUUCAUUUACCUUCUUCCUUAUUUGUGGACUAGAACCAUAUUACUUGUCAGUGGCAUCACUUCAUUUUCAUCACAUUUCUUCUCUAAUCCGUGUGACAUCUCUUGCUCAAUGAGGUAAUUUGUGAAGUGAACUUAACGAAUUAUAUCCGCCUUCAGGUUGCUUGUUGCAAGUUCCUCUAUUAUAAUAAGGGCUGAGCACACUAGAGAGGCACAUGGACUGUCCAUUAUAAGUUCUGGUCCUGCAACAUGACCAGCCAUUUCAUCUUUUUACUAGAUACAAAUAGUUUUUCUCAAAAUACUUACCAUAAACAUUAUUAUGAGCAGUUUACUCUAAUAGACUGUGAUUCUUUACUCUAUACAUCUUCUUUGUGAAGGAGUUCCUUCUCAAAGCCCUUUAAUAUGCAGCUCUUUUCUCCGUUUGAGCCAGUUUCACAGGCAUAGUUAUUAGAGAUGGGAAAGAUCUUCUCUGUCACCUAGUCCGCUGCCCCAAAGGAGGGGGUAGUGGGGAGAAUCGUGAGGAAUGCUUCCAUCAUUUCCAUUGCAACUAAGUCUCAAGUUAUGGAGCACCCGGUAUCUGGCAAUAUCUCGAGUCAUCUGAUGACGUCUCUCCUGUCCCUAGACCUCAGUAAGGUCCCCAUGUAUUAUCUGUGAAUUUUCCAAGGAGUACCAUCCUCAUUUCUGUUAGAUAGAUAGAUCGAUCUCGGUUCAGAAAAGAAUAUGCGCGUCAUAUGGGCUAGUUUGGAAGGCUGCUUCUCUUCAUCAUCUCAACCAAAAGGUCUAAUCCUCCCACUCCUCUCGGCGCAAGCAGCCCCAUUUCAGUCCUGGUGACUCCCCAAGCCAGGAAGGAAUGAAGGAUGAAGCUCUAAUGAGUUAUCAAACCAGCUCUUGAAAAUGUUCAGUGAUGGUGCCCUGCCUGCCUCCCUUGGGAGCGUGUUCCAAGUCCAAAUGACCGAGACCUUUGAGACUUUGAUUCUUUACUCUGUACAUUGGCUUUGGCUCCCCAGGGCUGCACAAACCAUAUUAAUUCCUUGUGGAGGUGCUGUUCAGGUCUGGCAGGGGCAGGGGGCAGUUCUCUGCCCGUGCUUCAUACCUCAUUUACCCCCCUUACACCUCUGGAACGCAAGACCCCUGCAUGCCUUCCCCCCAUCCCCCAGGGCAUGAGACUGGACUCCCCCCUGGCAGGAAGACACGGGAGUUCCUGGCUGGUUGCAGCAGUGGGUGGGGCACUGGGUCUGAGGAACUGCCUCCUCGAACUCCAGUGACUCUAGCAACCAGCUGGGGCUCAAGCACCCAGUGGAAGUCCCCCAGCCUGAAGAAUAGGAUGGUGCCCCCUACCCAGCUCCAUGAGCGGCCAGGCACAGAGGGAUAGACCCCCUCUGAAAAUUGCCCCCCGCCCUUGAAAUGGCGCUCCUGCUUCCUUGGACCCCGGUUCAGCAAGGGCCUCACGUUAAGCAAGCGAAUACUCUUAUCUGAUGCUCCUGAAGUCAGGCACGUGCUUAAGAACCUUGCUGACUGGGGGCCUUAGUUCGGUGGAUUGCUCUGAGUUAGGUCUGAUAUUGUUACUGUAAGUCUCUUCCCCCUGCCGCUCCUUUCCCCAAGCCAGUGGCACAGUACAGAACGGAAUCCCUUAGUUAAUCCCGAACCUGGUGCCAAUCCAAGAGGGUGACCAGAUAGCAGGUGUGAAAAAUCGGGACGGGGGUGGGGGGUAAUAGGAGCCUAUAUAAGAAAAAGCCCCAAAUAUCGGGACUGUCCCUAUAAAAUUGGGACAUCUGGUCACCCUACAAUCCACCAACCUUCACUUUCUGCUCCAAAGUGCUUCUCUUCUCACAAGUAGCCUUUGCUUUUGGUGUCCACUUCAUUGCUGGGUUUGGUUUGUUUUUAAUCCCCCUGCAUCUCCUUGCUAUACCUAGUUAGCACUGUCCCCUCCUGCCCCAGGCCAUCCAGAAAAAAGUUUUUUAAAAAUAUGCGGCAAAGAGCAAAGUUGAAUCCAUUAUAGUUCAGAGAUCGGUUCAAGUUUAUAAGGCUCCAGACAAGCGCAGUCAGAGCAAUGAAUGAGUGAGUUUGUAUAGAUCUGGCGCGCUCAUGUGGAGUUACACUUGUAUAUGCUCUGUCUCUUUCUACUGGAUCAAAUAAGUCAGCUCUGGUCAGGUUUAUAUCUGUUCCCUCCCCUGGUUCAGUUCACGGAACAUCUUUUAGCUCCGAGCCUGUGUUCUUUAGUGCUGGGGAUCAUCAGUUCUAUUGAUGCUGACAGCCAUGGUGUUUUUAUGUCUCUCUAUCUCUAGUGUGCCCAGUAUCUGCAUGCAGCUAACUUGAAGAUGCAAAUGGUUCAGAACAGUCCAACCCAGCAAACAAGGAUUACAAGGCAUUGGCCCAGGACAGGGUCAUGCUUUGCCACACACACAAGAUUUGGAUUCAUUCUAAACAUACCCAAACCAAAUUGCAGCUGUGUAGCUGCAUUACAUAAUUGCCAAUAGACAAUGUUAGCAAAACCCCUGAUUUAAAGGUAAAUAUUUGUAAUAGCUUAUUUGAUUGGGGCUAAUUAUCCAUGUCGAGUCAUUCAUUGUUUCUAUCGCUGCCGAAAGCGGUGAACAGUUUUGUAGUUUAAAAAGUGGCCUAGGUGCAAUAUCACAAAAAUGCCCACCUUCAAGCUUCAUCUUCUGUUUGGUAGAGGUUAUAAACUUUAUCCUCAUAACGACAAGGAAAAUGUUGCCACUGACUUCAAUAGGAACAGUCCCCUGCUCUUUGCUCAUGAUAUAUUUAAAGCAUGAGAUUCACUUCACAAUUUAUCCAUGUUUCCCAGCCUUGCCUGGGACGGGCAAGAAAACAACCAUCACCAACACUCCUGUAACAUGAUCCACCACCUUCAGAAAAUGUGGUCUAAGGUUCUUCUGGCAUGGUUUAAUUGAAGCCUAGAUAUGCUUUGAAAAGGAAAACUUACUACUGUACAUCUGUGAAACCUUCUAGUGCCUGCUUGCCGUGCCACUUUUGCAGGAGGCAAUUUGGAAGCUGCUGGGGUCAGUGGAAAAUUGUGGAGACAAGCUUUUCUGUGACACCUAGUCUUUUGUUUGCUUAGUUUUCUGCUGGACUCUAGUCUUGUCCAAUUUGGUCACAACAAAAAUGUAUCUGCUGAAGGAUGAGCAUGUAAAAACGAAGGUGGUGGAUUUUGGAUGUUUUCUGUACUGUUAGAGGGUAGAGGGGAUGUGAGCUCACUUGCAACUUUUUCUACUGUUGCAGAUUGCAUGUCGUUAUUUCAACAAUUGUCCACGGCCCUGGCGUUUCUUGGGGCGGGUAGUAGCCCGGGGUUAUGACUGUAAUGUGGGAGGGUUCUCCUUGAAGCUCAGGUGUAUUCUGGUGCAGAGAGUCUCAGCCAGGGGUGAAUUAGGAGGUUUAGAAGCUAUCCCAAAUAAACGUGGGCAACCUUUCACUGUGUGCAGAAUGCAUUUCCAGACCAUCAGGUAGCGAUCCUUGCACUUUUUCCAUGAGCGCAUUGAGAAUUGUUUUGUUGUUCUGUGUUUGAACUUGGAGAUACAACUAUGGUAACACUUUUUCUGUUAUACAGUUGAUUGGGAAAGGCGGGAGCAAUCGCACAGAACAAAAUAUUGUCUGUGUUCAGCCAACAUUCAUGACUUAAAGCUUGAAUGCUAGGGACGUUUGGUGUCAUGUUAAAUAAAAAGAUAGCUGCAUAUGUUCCCACUGGAUCUUCAUAUAUGAUGAGGUUGACAAUUUAUGCACAAAAAGCACUAAUCUGAGUAAGUGAUCUGGCCCUCAAAAUACAUAACCCAAUUGGAAGCUGUAAUAAAAACAAAUAAUUUUGUUGAGAUAAUAUGGAGGUUUGUUUCCUGUUGUAUAUUCAAAACAUUUGCAAGCUGUCAAAAAUGAUCUGAGAGUAUAAACAGUACUUUCCUAUCCCUUUGGGACACAUGCAGCAAGGUAGCUGUCUUGACAAACCCAGGACGUUAUAACAUGCUGAGUUAUUUGGAGUUAUGUAUUGAUUUGUUUGUUAGAUGGUUUUAUAAGGCCAGGGUGGAGAGGGAACACGGUCUAAAAAUUAUAGCAAAUGAUGGGGUGACAGGACUCUUGGGCGUUAUUCCCAGCUCUGCCACAAACUUGUUGUGUGACCUUGGGCAAGUCACUUAACCUUUCUGUGCCUACAGUUUACCCGUCUGUAAAUGGGUAUAAUAAUACUUACCUACCUCACAGGGGUGUUGUGAGGCUUAAGUAAUCAUUUGUGAAGCACUUCGACGGAAGGUGCUAUGAAGUGCAAAGUAUUAUUAUUACUGAGUUUGUGUAAUCAGGAAUGGAAGUGCAAAGGUUUUUUACAACUUGCUAAAGGGAAGCAGAAUUAUGCAGUACAUAUGUGCAUCCAGAAAGCUGGCUUAAGUCUUUUCUCUCCCCAGCUACAAGGAGUUGAGGCUAUUGCAUGUAAUCUAAAUAUGGAACCCUUGCUUUCUUGAUCAUAUGUAAUAAUACCUUCCGAGCACUGUUUGCAAUAUUUUUUUUUUUUUUACAAAACAGGUGAUUCAUUUUUUUCUCUCUCUCUUUAUGAAAACUUGAAACUAAAAGUCAAUGAAAUCAUUUAGAAACUGAACAGAUUACUAAUGAAUACUUGAAUUUUUGGAGGUUGUACUCAUCAGCCAUGGUUAACAUGCACUAGAUCGUUCAGCCAUCAGCUUCCAUCUGAAUACAGUGAAAUACUUGCUCACGCUGCUUUGGAAUAGCCAUGAUUUUGUUUGGGAGGCUGGUACGUUGUUACUGAAAAUAUGCGGGGGGAGGAGGGGAGAAGGUUGUUUUGUUUUGUUUUUUGUUUUUUUGCCUUUAAGUUUCUUGACUGCCUAGCACAGCACAAUAACAAUCACCGUUUACUUUGUUAGACAAUAGCUUUUUUAGAACUAUAUUUCCUUACGCAAAGAGUGGAAAGAAUAAAGUAGACCCAACAAACACA